AUGCACGAACUCCCGCUGACACUACGGAACACAGCCGCGGCGGAGCAUUUUGUCCUCUCAAAUGUCAAGAAGGCCAUCCCCACCAGCGUCCAGGAUAAGUGGCAUGAAUACCGUGCCGCGCUAAAGCAGGCAGAGUUGGAAAACCUCGGGGAUAAUGAGGUCAGUAGGGACAUGGAGAUGGCCGGCUGGGGUGUCAAGGAGGCGGAAGAGGCCAAUCAGACAGAAGCUAGUCUUGCUACGCAGCUCGCGCUGGCAUACGCCAUCCACAAGAGCUUCAUCUUCGUACGAGUGCCCCUUACAGCUGCAGUAACCCCUAAAGUAGUCAAAGUUCUCAGGGGCUGGGGAUGGCAGAUCGGCAAAAGGACCAAGAAAUAA